AUGUUGAGAAGCCUAGAAAGAAGGUUGUUAAAGAGCCCUGAUCAGGCAGCAGCAUAUGACAGACAAAUGGAGGAAAUGGUAACAAUGGGGUUUGCAAGAAAAUUAGAGGAGUCCGAAGUCAACAACUACCCUGUGCAUUACAUACCGCAUCAUUCAGUAGUUCGUCCGGACAGCAAAACCACGCCAGUGAGAAUUGUGUUCAAUUCGUCUAAUAGGUAUGAAGGAGAGGCCAUCAAUGACUAUUGGGUCAAGGGACCGGACUUGCUAAAUAACUUACUGGGAGUUCUUUUGCGAUUCAGAGAAAAUGAAGUGGCCCUGUGUGCCGACAUAUCCAAAAUGUACCACCGGGUGGCGAUUCCGGAACGAGAUCAACACGUCCAUAGAUAUCUAUGGAGAAAUCUUGAUGCUCCUGAUGUAUAUAUAAAGCUAAGACUAACGUUUGGAGACAAGCCAGCCCCUACCAUGGCACAGACCGCUUUAAGAUUGACAGCAAGGGAAAAUGAAAUAGAGUAUCCAGAAGCAGCAACGAUCCUUAAAAGAGACACUUAUAUGGACGAUAUUUGCCCAUCUGUCAGAACUAAGGAGGAGGCAAGCAAGAUAAUCCAUGACGUAGAAAAGGUACUUAGUAGUGGCGGUUUCUCUGUCAAAGGUUGGACCUCGAACAAGCAAGUACAAGGCCUAGAUAUCAAGCAAGACAAAGUGGUUAUGAUUGACUCCGAGCAAAGGGUAUUAGGUAUGCGAUGGAGACCACAGGAGGAUAUAUUCACCUUUGAUGUCAACAUCAACAUAGAAACACUCACUAAAAGAAAGAUAUUGGGAGUAAUAGCAAGAGUAUUUGACCCCAUUGGGUUCAUCACACCGGUAACCAUAAGUGCAAAGAUCAAGAUGCAAGAACUAUGGGAAAGUGGAAUUGAUUGGGAUGACCCAUUACCAAAGAAGGUAGAGCAGGAGUGGAAAGAUCUAUUCAAGGAGUUUAAAGGGAUCGAUCAAGUAGCAUUUCCCAGAUGUCUUACUCCAUCUAAGGCAUCCAAUGAAGUUGUAUUAGUAAUAUUUAGUGAUGCAAGUGAGAAAGUGUUUGGAGCCUGUGCAUAUGCUAGGUGGAGAUUAGAAAGCGGAUCAUUUGAAUCAAGACUGAUAACAGCCAAAUCACGUGUAGCCUCAUUGAAGAAAUUAACGGUCCCGCGAUUAGAGCUACAGGCGGCAGUUAUGGGAGCGAGACUAGCAGAUGCAGUAGUUAAAGAGUCUACUUUCAAAUUCAGUAAGCAGAUUUUAAUGACAGACAACAUGAUCGUGUUGGGGUGGAUAAGACGACCAGCUCAAUGCUUUAAACAAUUUGUUGCAGCUCGAGUUUCUGAGAUUCAGCGCAAGACGAAGAUAGCAAAUUGGAGACAUGUUCCAGGAAUAUUAAAUCCUGCCGACGACUUGUCCAGAGGAAUGAGAGCGGACAAAUUAACUGAUAGGUGGAUAAAUGGACCUGAAUUUAUAAGUAAGCCGAUAAGUGAGUGGCCUCAAGAGAAAUCAGAUAAUGAUACCGAGGAUACAGAAGAAAGAAUGAUGGCAUUUAACGGGAAUGUUGUUGUGAACCGGGGAGAAGUUGAUAUUAGCAGCAAACUGGUAAAUCUCGACCCACAAUUCGAUAUGGAAUCAGAGCUCAUCCAAGUAGGAGGUCGAUUAAAGAGAAAUGAUCAACUGGAGAUGGAGGUGCACCCAGUUGUACUGGACCCGUGUCAUCGGAUUACACAGUUGCUCAUAAAGAGAAUAGACAGUAAUGUUUUUAACCAUGGUACAGGAGUGGAGCAAGUAUUCAGUUAUAUAAGACGACGUUACUGGAUAUUGAAAGGGCGUAGUAAAAUCAAGUCGAUACUCAGGACAUGUGUUAGUUGUCAGGUGGAGAAAAAGUCCAGCUGUACCAAAAAUGGCAGACAUUCCAGAGGCAAGAACAAGAAUCGGGUUGCCUCCAUUUUACUCCACUGGAAUGGACUGCUGGGGCCCUAUGAUGAUUAA